UAUAAGUGUUUUAAGUUGAUAUUGUACUUGUUAUUUCAGAAAAAAAUAUAACUGAGAUGAAUCCUGAGGAUAGAAUCAAUAACCCACAAUAUCUAAACUGGAUCAAAGGAACUUUAGCCCUCAUGCAUUUGUGUGACGUCGUCCGUAACUAUACUUAUCACAUAUUUGAUAAGUUCUUGGAUACUAUUUCAAACCGUCGACAUUAUAACAAUGGAUCAAAUUAUAAAUUUUUGGCUGAUAAUACGAAAUGGGAUUCCAGUAAGUGGAGGUACACAACGAUUUAUCAAUGCGUGUGUCAAUCUUUAUUCAGAGAAAUACUAAGACUUCACUUCUUUGGCGAUAAACGUAUUGGUUUUACAAACUGCAAAGACAAAUAUGUUGGAGGACCAUGGGGUUUAGCAAAGUUUUUUAUGCCAGUGAGCAAGUAUUGUGCUGACAUUGAAACACCUGGAGAAACGGAACCUACUAUUGUCUUAAAGAUGAUUCAAAACUGUCGUCUUUUCGACAAUAUCGCACAUGCAAAUAUUGACAUUAUAAUUGAAAGUAGAAAUGCGAUGAUGCAUUCGCCAUUGAAUAAUGUAAAUGAUGCAGACUUGAAGAAGUACAUUGAUGCUAUGGUCGACUUUUUGAGAGAUGCUUUGAAAUCGCAGAUAAAAGACAACAUUCGACAGCAGCUGAACAAAGCUCAGGAGGAAAUCCGUCAGCUGAGGUAUGCAGAUAUGAGAGUCGAUCUGCUUCCAGAAAAUGCAGAGAGAGCGAUAAACUUCAAGAAAAGAUUGGUCAUUGGUAGUAUAAAGAGAGAGUAUGAAGAGGCCGAUGUUGCUAAAUUAGGUGAAUAUCUCGACAUCCUGGAUGAACUCGGAGGUGAUCUUCUAGCGUGGAAUAAAAAGAGCUGGGAAAUCGGGAAGCUAAAAGAAAUUGGAAAUUACCGGGAGAUGCUGGAUAAAGCGUUAGCAGAAAAAGAUGAAGCGAUAAAAAGUUUGAAUGAAACGAGAGAAGAGCUUGAUAAUGUUAAGAUUGAAUUCAAUGACACGAAGAACAAACUACAUGAAGCAGAAACUAAAAUAAUUACUAUACAAAGAGAGCUUAAAGAUACACAAGAAAGAUUGGAUGCAAUUACCGAAGAAAAUAAAGAUAAACAAGACGAGUUAAAUACCACCAAAAACCAAUUAGAUUCAGCAACCAAAGAAAAUGAAAGACUACAAGACGAACUGAAUGAUACAAUAGAAAAAUUAGAUGCGGCAACAGAAGAAAAUGUAAGACAACGGAACCAAUUGAAAACAACACAUGAAAGAUUAGAUGUAGCAAUUAAAGAAUCGAAUGAAGUUUAUCAUGUUUGUAAAAUUUUUGCUAUCAUUUCACUCUUUGUGGCUUUGAUUUUGGUAUAUUUUUGAAGCAUCUUAUUGUUUUCAUGACGAUUCGCUCGCUUAAACAUUGAACAUUAUGAAUCGACACAUGUACGUAUGUCAUGUUCUUCGAAGGCAUUAAAAGUCUGCAAACAAAAAAAUGCACCAGCCACGUUUACGUAUUGUACUUAAAUUUUUAAUUACAGAACUUCUAUGCUUAACUACAAGGGUUGUUGGUAGGCGACAAUGUGUGUAGUUUACUCUGAAAUAAUUAUAAGCUAUCUACCCUGAAGGCGUAAAAUAUAGCAUUAUAUAAACAAUAUUGGCGAUGGGCAUUGUAAAAUGUUUUGCCAAUAAAAAUCUUGAAUCUUGAAAAUUAUCGAGAGCGGGACGUUGUCAUAGAUACCGAAUUUAACACGAUCUAGACAUUCAAAAAAAAAAACAACACAAAAGACAAUAUUUUAUAAUAAAAAGAUAGGAUUCAGUUUUGCUGAUGGUCAACAAACGUAUUCAAAUACUUUAUCAAGCAAAUACAUUUAGUUCAUGAUAAAGAGACUUAACUCUUAGUCUUUUUAGUUGCAAAGCAAAUAGCGAACAGAUAAAAUACAAUUGCCAGGAGUGUCGCUAGACAAGUUGUUAGAAGAAAUCUUUUUGCAGCCCUGUUGAUGUUGUUAUUCUGUUAGAGAUAUGUUUCUAAUUUGUCUUUAAGUAUGAAAAUAAAUUGCUCGUAAGAAAUCUUUAUGUACUUUGUUAUAAUCAUGUCUUAAUCAUGUUCAUUAUUUUAUGUUGCUCAUAUAUGGUAUAUUUAGUGGCAAGAGGAAAACAAUUUUGAAAAGGGUUACAUACAAAAUGUUUUCAGUGAAGGUGUAACAGCGAAUAUAUUAUUGUUUGUUUGCGUUUUACGUUGCACCAACACAUAUGGCAACUUUCCAGUUUUACUGGUGGAGUAGGGAUGAUAUCGUUAUAGAAAAUAUAUAAUGGAGAUGUAAAAUAAAGGUGUAUCUGUGUAAAUAUUAUCAUGUUGAUGAUCAUCAUGAUAAUAUUGUUACUUCUAAUUAGUUUACUGACAACUAAGAAUGUACGAGUCUUUUUUAAUCUAAAAAUAUUGUAUGUACUUACUAAUUGUGAAUAAGAUAGAAAAUAAAUAUUUAUAACAGUGUGUAA